GGUGGAUAAAUCAACUGGGAUGGUCAUUAAUAUUGUAGACUUAAAGAUGUACAUAGAGGUAAGUUUAUAUUAAUCACUUGAUAAUGAAAAGUCCAAAUUAACAUGUUAUGUCAUGUGUGCUUAUUUUAGAGUUGAUGCCAUCACCACAGGUCUCUGUUUUGUUUUGAUAUUGAUGUCAUGAUUUAAUGCGCCAUGCCACUCCUCUUAAACCCACUCCCCACCGCCCAUGUUGGGGAAAAAGUUGUUAACGUUUGAUUACAUACUAUUUGUUCAAAAGAAUGCUAUGAGCACUUUCAAAAGUGUUUUUGAAGUCUACUAAGUCUCUUAAUUAGGACUGGCUUAUAAAACUAUGUGCAAUAUGGUACAUGACAUAAUGAUGUUUCUAAGUGAGAUUUUAAAAAUCUUUUGACAUGUCAAGUUUAAAACCAGCCUGUUCCUAACAUGACAGUUUAAAAGGAUCAUACAAAAUGUUUUUAAAUUAACUAAGUGUAGAGUAAUAACCCACCUGCAGUUCCCUUACUUUCAUAAUAGUAGUUUAAUAAUAAUAAUUAAUAAACACACCUUUCCCCUGGUCACUUGGAUGAACCAAAGCAAUUAAUAUGAAUUACCUUUCUCUACUCUAAGGCUAUCUCUCCUAACUUCUAUUGCAAAUUAUCUAAAAUCACAUUAAAAUAUUUAUUAAACUUUAGGAAAUAAGACUUAUUUACUUAAUAAUUAAUUAUAAUUAAUAAUAUCUUAGUUGAUGUGUACAUUUUCAAAAUACUUCACUUUUAAAUUUAAACAGAGUAAAUUUUACUUUUUUUUAAAGACUAAUUACAUUAAAAUAUACACAACACUUGUCUGUUUAAAUUUUAGAAAUUAACAUUGAAUUACAUGAAACAUUUGCAGGAAGCUAUAAUGUCAGUGCUUGAUCACAAAAACAUUGACCAAGAAGUGCCUUAUUUCAAGGACCAUGUGAGGUACCAGUACAAUAUAUCAUAAACUCUGAUAGAAGAUGUUUUAGAGUGUUUGCCUUUUAGAUUUAUUUGACAUACUUCUGCCAUUUUCUACUUGUUAUUAAAUAAAAACUAAGUAAAUUAAUGUAAAUAAAUAUUCUAAAUGAAAAUUUCAGAAUGAAAUUAAAUAAAAUUCAACCAUUCCCUUGGCUUGGCUUAAUCAGAACAACCAAUGUUAAUUCUUUAUCUCCAAAUUUAAGAAAAUUGUGAAUUUUAACUCCGGAACAGUGUUAAAUUUUUGAUGACUCAAAUGUGUAGUUUUGACACCUGCUAUCUUCUAAAAUAACUCAGUUUGAACUUUCAAAUCUCUUGCACACACAGCCAGUUAUACAUAUAAUAAACUAAGUUUUUUGCAGGGUGGUCACAAAUAUGUAUAUAAAAAUGUAUUCAUACAAAAAUGAGCAAAAGCUCAAAUUGCAUUAACAAAUAAUGAAAAAGGGAGACAAAAAGUCAAUUAUUUAGGGGCCAUCCAUAAAAGACGUCCACCAAUUUUUUGCUAUUUUUUUACCCCACCUCCCCCUUUGUCCCCUUUUGACUUGAUGACCACCCCCCCCCCCCCCCCCUUGGGAAAAUGUACAACAAUAUAAAGAGUAUGUAUUUACAAAGAUUUUUUUUAGAAAUUCCAAUUAUUUGCAGGCAAAAUUCUAAAUGAAAUAAUAACUGUUCAAAAACAUUUUAUUGAAUCACUGUAUUAAAAAAUGUAAUAAACAAAUAAUCCACCAUUCUUCAAUCAAUGGAAAAUUCGGGCUGCAGCCAUUCAAACAUGUUUCGUAUAAUGAAAACAUCUGUUCUUGAGUCAUCAAUUGCUAAUUCAAUUUGAGUGGCAGUCUCUUCGUCUGAUUUGUCUGCCAUAUUAUGUUCACUAGCAGGAAUAUUGCAAUGGACGACCUUAUGUUUUUUCAUUGCCGCCUGUGAUGGGAAAUAUGUACAGCAGAAACAUAUUCUCUUGGAAAUUCUUCCAGCCACCGAUGGACAAUAGGGAUCAAAAGGCAUACUGUAACUGUGAUCGGGGAGUAAAUUUGCAGUAAAUUUAUGCAAAACUGCUGCACUCAAAAAAACACUACAUGGACAUCCACUUUGUCCUAAACCCCCUCCCCCCUUUGUCCACUUUAGUCCACUUUUUGCUGAACCCCCCCCCUCCCCCCUUUUGUGUGGACGUCUUUUAUGGAUGACCCCUUAUCAUUUUGCACAUUUCUUUAAAAAUCCUUAAAAAAUCAAGUAAACCUUUAGAAAUUUUAUUUUUUGAUAAUGUUAAAGGAAAUAUAAAGUUUAUUAUUGUGAAAUGAACUGGAAGAGGAUAAAUUAAAAUAUAAUUAACUAGAAUUAUCUUAAAUAAGCAUGGUCACAGAAAAUUUGAAUUUUAGAGAAUAUUUGAAAAUCCCAGAAAAUUAACCAAGUGAGAUAUCUUAAUAAACUUUUCACCAUAUUGUAGAAAAUGAUCAUGCUUUUAAUUGGAAAUAAACAGGCUUAGGUUAAAAAAUAAAAAUAAUGCUUUAAGAAAUAUUUUUAUUUAAAUGGGUACUUUCAAACCCAAAAUUAAGAAUUUACUUUGUAAUUUUCAAAAAAAAAACAACAUGAUCAUUUAAAGAAUUUACUGUAAGUCUAUUGCCAUUUAGUUACAAUUGUUGUCCAAUAAUUUAUUAUUUGUUUUUAAUUUUAGUACAAUGGAAAAUAUAGCAGUUUUCAUAUGGAACAGCAUAAAAGAAAAGGUUGGAGGACUUCUCUACGAAGUGAAAGUUCAUGAAACAGACAAGAACAUUGGAUGGUACAGAGGAGAAUUCUCAUAAAUAAAUUUUUCUUCAGCCAGUGUUAACGAAAAUAUAAAUAAAAAGGAUAUUUCUUUUCAUGCCAAAUCGGUUUAGUACAUCAAGUACUCGAAAACAGAUCUAUUUGUUUUGACAUCUUAUACUUUAAAACUAAUCAGAUUUUUUAUUACAAAGUUAUUUCUUUCAUGGCUACUCAGUUUAAAUAAUCAGGAGUUAACAUAAUUUGACAAGCUCUGGAAAGAAUCUAUUAUAAACCCAAAAUAUUUUUAAAAGUAGAUCAGUCUGAUGUUAAAAUUUACACUAAAAGGAACUCUCUUAAAUAAGAAACAUAUGUCAGUCAUUUAUUUAUUUUAUCAUGUCUGUCUAUAGAAGGCAGUAGCUUUUCAUUUCCCUGGGUUUGGACUCACUAAAAUUCUAGUGCAUGAUAAAAUGUGCUGACACAAAACAUUUAAGUUGACUUAAAUAUUGGUAUCCUUGGAAAAGAAGGACAUGAAAGGACAAUCAAAAUAUUACACAUGAUAUGAAGUACCAGUAUUUUUAAUAUAGUAUUUUUUAAAUUACAUUCAUGGAAUGAGAGUAUUUACAAACUUUAUCUCUGUGAAAUACAAGCAUUUAUUUAUUAAACAUUCCAUUCAUUAUCAUUUCCGGUAUCUGAAAAUUUAUAAGAAUUUGUUUCCAUGUCUCUAAUAAAUUUGUUCUAUUGAAAGUAGAAACUUGCUUUAGCUGCUUAAAUUUAAACUCAAAGUUACAGUAAUUGAUAUAAAUUAAUGAUCAACCAAACAUUGAAUAUCGGCACUCUAUCCCAAGAGCAGUUUUCCUAAGCCAAUGAAUCAACAAAUAUGUGAGGUAAAGAUUUAAAUUAUUAUACAAAGUACUUUAAAAUGAAUUUUGUUUAUAUGAAACAUUUAAUUAUGUUAAUACUAUUUAAAUCCUCAUUUUACUUUCUUUAACAGUUAUUAUUUAUUAUGAAUGACACUGGCAUUGUAAUUCAGUGUUCAUGACAAAAACACCUAUCAUUUAAUUUUCAUAAGAUUUAGACUAGUCAUUUGAAAUGAAUGGUUUAUAAUGGCAAUUUUUAAAAUGUGUUUACAGAUUUUUUUCCCCACUUAACCAGGACUUAAUAUUAAUAGUUAUAAGCGUGUAGUAUAUGACAGAAAUGUUGACCUUAUAUUAUUGAAAUUUUAUGGUAAAAGUACCUUAUUUAUUGCGAGUAAUAACAUGGUGAUAAACAGCUGAAUGUCAUUGUAUGGCCUAACUGCUAUCAGAGGAAUUUGGGAUAAUAAAAUUAUAGUUAGGUGCAAUCAAAUAAAAUUGUACCUGUUCAAUUCUGUUUGCAAGAAAGUAGACAAAUUAUAAAAGAAACAUAUAAUAUAAUGUAUUUACAUUUUUGUAACUGCAUAAAACAAUGCAAGUUUUGGAUACUUUAUAAUUUAUAAUGGUUUUGAUGUUCACCACUCAGUUAGUAGAAGUUGUAGAUCUUCACAUCGCAUAUGCCUUUUUGCAUUUAUAUUGAAUUUAUUUAUAAGUUUCUGAUAUUAAAUUUAAAUCCCAUAAUAUUACAUAUUGUUUUACCUGUACAAUCUUAAAAUAUUGUUUUUUUCUAUUAUAAAGAUUCAUUAAUUAGUCAAGUAUGAUAAUGUUUAUAGAGUUCAAAUUUCAUGGAACAUAGAAUGUUCUUGUAUAUUUUCAGUGCAUAGAUAAGUUACCUAAUAAUGGUACCUAUUUCUAAUUAAGAUUUUGUGUAUUUAAAUUUAUGAUGUAACAAAAAACAUCUGAUCAUAGUUAAACACAGUGGUACCUUGGGUUACGAAGGCCUCAGGUCACAAAAAAUUCGGGUUACGAACAAAAACUUCUAAAACAAUUUUGUCUUGGGUAACGAACAGUGCCUCGGGUUAGGAACGAAGGUUAUAAAGAGCAGGGUUUAACGUUGGGGGACCACAAUGGAGAGCUCACUACAGAUGAGUUUGUGUAUCUUCAGAAUGAACAGCUGGAAACAUUAAAGGAGGAUCAGUCAUCUGAUGAUGAGGAGCAAGGGACUGUUUCUACUGGCAGGAUUAAAAAAGUCAAAGACUUCAUUGUGAACAUCCAAACAAACUUGUUGCUAAUAGGGCAGUAAACCUGAUGCAUGAUAACGCGAUGGCCCACUUCAGAAAGAUUCUCCAAAAUAAAAUGAGUAAAACAGAGUAGGGUUAAACCUGAAAAAAUAAACGCAACAAAACAGCGAACGUGUCGGCAGAAAGCCUUCGUCAGCGAACAAAACAACAGAAAAAACGGUAUAAAAAUAAAAAUAAGAAAUAGCACUUAGCUGGUAAGAAGUAUCUGUGGGCAGCAAUAGAAGUGUGCAAUAGAAAGAUUCUCCAACAAAGGAAGUGACAAAUUUCUCUUGAAAGUUUCUUGGUGCAGAAAGAUUCCCCGUUGGCUGCCAAGAAACAGCGACAAGAAACUCCUGAAACAAAUGAUUCAAUAGCAAAGAAAGUAACACAUUUCCUGUGAUUUUUUUUUCUUGGUAAGAAACAUAGACCAAAUC